GUGGGCAGUAACUCACACAGGCAGCAGGUCACGAGGAUCAGAUGUAUAAAGUGUGCUUUGGUCUUUUUAUGGCCCUUCCAUCUUCCACCAGGUCUGGAACAAACUAACGUUUAACAUCCGUUUUGUCCAAACCAAGCACGCGUGCAUAUGGGGGGUCCCCAGCUGAUGUGGCAGUUCUCCGGCGUCCUACAGUCCCUGAAGGCAGCAGCGGCAGCAGCAGCAGUACCCGCAGUUCACGCUCAGUUUCCGCACUGAGACCAGAGGACAGAGACCGGAGGACCCAGGAGACAGGAGGGACAGGACAGACAGGAGGGACAGUACAGACAGGAGCCAGAGGACAGACGCCCGGAGCGGACACUCCCCCACACAGAGGCGACUUUGUGAAUCUUCACAGGAGACAGCACCCACAAACACACAGACAGAGCCAUGGUGGAAUACUACCAGAUGUUAGGAGUCCAGAGAAAUGCAACGCAAGAGGACAUCAAAAAAGCUUACAGAAAAUUGGCAUUGAAGUGGCAUCCAGACAAGAACCCAGACAACAAGGAGGAAGCAGAGAGAAAAUUCAAAGAGCUGUCAGAGGCGUAUGAAGUGCUCUCAGAUGAAAGUAAGAGGAAUAUUUAUGACAGAUACGGCAAAGAAGGCCUUUCAGCAGGAGGAGGCGGAGGAGGCGGAGGAGGAGGCCAUUACAAUCACUAUGGCGGUGGCAGCUUCACAUUCCGUAAUCCUGAGGAUGUUUUCAGGGAAUUCUUUGGUGGCAGAGAUCCAUUUGCAGAUUUGUUUGCCGAAGACCCUUUUGAUUUCUACGGAGGCAAUUGCGGUCGCCAGAGAGGCGCAAGUCGGAACAGGAUGGGCGGCCCGAUCUUUGGUUUUGGGGGCUUCCCAGCUUUCGGGCAUGGCUUCUCAGGGUUUGAUUCAGGUUUUACCUCGUUUGGAGAAAUGGGUGGAGGAGGCAUCACCUCUUUCUCUUCUUCAUCUUUUGGUGGCGGCGGCGGCGGAGGAGGAGGAGGGAUGGGUAAUUUCAAAUCAGUGUCGACCUCCACAAAGUUCAUCAACGGCAGAAGAAUUACAACAAAACGGAUUGUGGAGAACGGCCAAGAGCGAGUGGAGGUGGAGGAAGAUGGUCAGUUAAAAUCUCUUACAGUUAAUGACAUCGCAGCCGAAGACCCCUCGGAGGAAGAGGGCCGUCGCCGCAGACAGAACGCACUUCCUGGCCUCAGCUUGCACCCACGCUACCUGAGGAACUCCACCCAAACCCCCGCAGAGGAAGAGGAGGACCACGGCCUGCAGUGCCUAACGAGAGGACACACGGACUCCAAGAGGAAGAAACUGUGGCUAAAGGAGGAGUCCAAAAAGAAAAGAGCUCCUCGACUCUUCCCACGAUUCGGUGGACUCGGCUCCUUUUUUUAAACGCACACACACACACACGCACACACACGCACACACACGCACACACACACCUACAUAGUUGUUGGCAGAAGCGCCAUCAAUCACACGUGGCAUUAUUUCAUCUGUGCUACGUAUCAGAGGCCCAACAUCCCCACUGUGCCGUAUCUUCUCUUGUCCAUCAGCUGCAGUGCAGAUUAUAACCACUGUACACGUUCAUCAGCUGAGCGCCAGCCUGCAGAGACCUCACGUCCAUGUUUUGUUUUGUCCAAGGUGCUUUUUUUUUUUGUAGUUAAGCUUUUGCAUUUUGCUGUAUUUAUUGUUGGGGGCUGUGGAUGUACAGUGAGCGUUCAGAACCCUAAUUAAUCUCCUACGUUUGGACUGCUCCACGUUUUUGGCAGCGUGUUUUUUGUCAGAGCGCGUGUUUGCAUUUGAACGGGUUCCGGUGGAAGGAGAAUUACAGUAGCGGCCUUGUUUGUGAUAAGCGUGAGAAUCACUGCACUAAUACUGUAAAGCAAGUGAGAGUAAAUGAAGGUCAGGCUGCUCAGUGAAUCCUUUCUCCAAUAGAGAGAAUAGAGAGGGGAGAGAACACAAUGAAAGCACUUAAGAGUCAACGUUUUUUUUACAGAAAGAGAUGAACAUAUUCUGCACUCUCCUGCGUCAUAUAUGAAAACUGAUCAUCAACACUCUGGCAGUAAUAUUAUCCACAAUAUACCACGACUCCCACAGGACGAGAAACUGCUUCUAACUCCUCUGAAAAAACAUGAUUUCCUGGAUUCAAGUGUUUCACAAAAGAGACAAACACGACAGUUUCCCUCGUCUGACUUGUCCUUGACAGUUUGUUCUCAUGAUUAGCGAGUGGAAAUGUGGAAAUGUCAAAGAAAUGUUCAUUUUUUUAUGGACUCUUACAAAUAAAUGCGUAAAGAAAAACGUG